AUGCGAAAGCGGCCGUACGGCAGCAUGGGGAAACGCACGGUGUCGGUGGCUGUGUCGGUGUUGACGCUGACGUUCAUCAGCGUGGAUCGCUGGUACGCCAUCUGCUUCCCACUCAAGUUCAAGUCGACGACCAAUCGCGCAAAGACUGCCAUCAUAAUAAUUUGGCUACUGGCGCUUGCAUUUGACGUGCCGGAGCUGGUGGUGCUGGAGGCCGUGCGCAAGGACGACUGGAGCCUGGACACCAUCCUGCUGACGCAGUGCGUGGCGCACUGGCGCGACGACGCCGAGAUGACCUUCACCAUCGUCAAGAGCAUGCUGCUGUACACGUGCCCGCUCGUCUUCAUGUCCGUCGCCUACUGCCAGAUCGUGCGCGUGCUCUGGAAGUCGGACAACAUCCCGGGCCACACGGAGACGGCCAAGUACUCCGUCUCCUGCAACAACGGCUUUUCAACGUACACGCUCAACCUGCCGCAGAACGACACGACAGUGGUGAUCUCGCUGCUGUCGCAUUGGCUGUGCUACGCCAACAGCGCCGUCAACCCCAUCAUCUACAACUUCAUGAGUGGUGAGUGA